UGCCUGCUCUUGGAUGACGGUUGGUUUAAGAGCUGGGAAAGCUUUUGGAGGACAAGGUGAAAGCCUCGUUUUGUGAGUCAGGCACUAGCCAAAUGUAGCAUCCUGAGGGAAACUCAGUCACCUUUGCCUUUUUGCUUUUGAGUGCUUUGAAAAUUUUGCUGCCUCUCCCCCUUCUAGUUUAUAGGACAGUGAGGAAGAAACCAACCUCGUUAUCAGAGUAUCUUUUCAUCUGUGUGUGAACAAACAGUGCUUCCCUCAGAGGAUCUCUGGGCUGUGUCAAAAAGAAGUUAUUUCUCACCAAAAUGAAAAUAGAGUUGGAGAUCAGUGAACCAAUAGAUUUUGGUUCUGGAGAUCAUCAGUAUCUCGUUCGGAAAGCAGGAGAUGAUAGCUCCAAACCUAAUAAGCCCUACAAAGCCUCAGCCUCAGCUGUGCCAAAACAAUCUAGUGCAAAACCACGGCCAAAGACUGGGGAGCCAGCCAAUUCGUAUGUGGUGGAAAUUUCAGAAGAGACCAAUACAGAAAACAACUCUGUUGAUCCAUUCUCAGACACAGCUAUUCGCAGAGCUUUUAUUAUAAAAGUGUUCCUUAUCCUGUCGGCCCAGUUGGUGAUCACUGGGAUGAUUAUCAGUAUAUUUAUUUUCUGGAAGGAUUUAAGAGUUUGGGUGCAUAACAAUCCCUGGUUCACAUAUACACUCUUACCAGCAUUUUUUGUUGUACUUAUUCUACUUGCCUGCUGUGGUGAUCUCCGUCGUCAGGUGCCUGCAAAUUAUAUCCUCCUGUCAUUAUUUACAAUUCUUGAAGGUCUGCUGCUAGGAACCGUAUCAGUUUUUUAUGAAGCUGAGGAAGUGUUAUGGGCAACAGCUGCGACAGCUAUGGUGACAUUCUUGCUUACUUUAUUUGCUGUUCAAACAAAAUGGGAUUUUACUGUUCUAAGUGGAGUGCUGUUUGUUGUAGUCUUCGUAUUAAUCAUCUUCGGACUUCUCAUAAUCUUCAUACGGUCAUAUUGGUUGCGUCUAGUGUAUGCUGCACUUGGAACUGUGGUCUUCUCAGUUUACUUGGUGGUGGAUGUGCAACUCAUGGUGGGAGGGCGUCAUCGUCACUCUCAGCUGGAUCCUGAAGAGUAUGUGUUUGCUGCUCUGAACAUCUACAUGGACGUAAUCAACAUUUUUAUUUUUAUUUUGCAACUUUUUGGACUGGGACAGUAGCCAUAUGGCCAAGACUGGUUCGUGUUGAAAAGACAGGAGGGAUACUUGUGAAGUGUCGCCAGGUUCAGAGAUGCAGAGGUUGCCACUUCAUAAGCUCUUUUAUUGUAAAAAUACUUACUCCCUACCCCCACAAAUGAAGCCAAGUAUUUAGUAUAAUGUAACAAUAUAUGUUACAGUCUUCAUUCUGUUGUCACACUGCAAAAAUUUCUGUGGGACAUUUCUGAUUAUUACAAAUUCAAAAGAUGAAUAGCAUAAUUAGUAAAUAUUUGCAAACAUUUGUAAGAUUCCCUUUACAUUGUUGAAGUUUUAUGUACACUUAAACAUUUCUCUACAUGAAUAAAGUUGACUAUAAAAACCUG